CGGGGAGAUGACGGCGCCACCCGCCCCGCCCCCUCCCCGUCCCCGCCCCCUCGGGCGGCGUCGCGCCGCGAUGACGUAAGCGGCGGCGGCGAUGGCGGCGGCGGGGAAGGCGCAGCGCUACGAGGCCUUCGUCAGCGACGUGCUGCGCCGCGACCUGCGGCGGGUGCAGGAGCAGCGGGACGGCGUCUACGAGCAGCAGGCCCAGGUGCUGCAGCUGCGCACCGCCCUCACCCGCCUCCAGGAGGCGGCCGCCCCCCUCCGCACCCAGGUCGACCUCGGCUGUAAUUUCUUCGUCACGGCGGAAGUCCCGUCCCCCCAGCGCGUCUUCGUGGCUCUGGGCUACGGGUUCUUCGCGGAGCUGACGCUGCCCGAGGCCCUGCGACACCUCGACCGCCGCAGCCGCCUCCUCGACCGGCUCAGCGAAUCCCUGACGCGGGACGGGGCCAAGAUCCGGGCCCACAUCAGGCUGGUGCUGGAGGGCCUGCGGGAGCUCCAGGGUCUCCAGGACCCUCCAACGACCCCUGACCCCUGACCCCGCCCACCCCCGCCGCCGCCACUGGGCACCGCCUCAACCCCGCCCACCCGGAGCGACGCGGGCGUGACCCGGGCGCGGCACCGCGGGGGUAAAGCUGGGGUAAAGCUGGUGUAACGUGGGUGUAAACCUGGAGUAAAAGAUGUAAAUCCCGUGUAA